AUGAUCGCUACUUCUAUGAUCCCUCGCGUCGCGCUUCGCACAGCAUUGCCUCUCCGCCGAGGCUUUGCCACCUCCCGUGUCGACCUCGCCAACACCCUCGUCUUCCUCGAGCACAAGAAGGGCAACUUUGCUGCUGCUACCCUUUCGGCUCUCACCGCAGCACAGAAGCUCGGCGGUGACAUCGAUGCGCUUGUUGUCGGUGGUGACGACGCCAGCCAGGUCGCCGACAAGGCUGCCAAGCUCCCUGGCCUCAAGAAGGUUCUCUUUGCCAAGCACGCCGACUUUGCCAACAACCUCUCCGAGCCGCUUGCACCUUUGAUCAAGAAGAUUGUCGAGUCCAACUCGUACACCCACGUCUGCACAGGUCACACUGCCGUUGGUCGUGACAUCUUCCCUCGAGCUGCUGCUCUUCUCGACUCAUCCCAAGUCUCCGACAUUAUCGGUCUCGAGGGUGAGGACACCUUUGUGCGCCCCAUUUACGCCGGCAACGCCAUCGCUACCCUCAAGAGCUCGGACAAGGUCAAGGUCUUCACCGUCCGUGGCACUGCUUUCGACGCUGCCGCGCUGGAAGGCGGAAGCGCCACCACCGAGGAGGUCAAGCCUGAUGGUGUCGAGUCGCUCACCGACUUUGUCGAGGAGAAGGUCUCCGAGUCGUCUCGCCCCGACCUUGCCACUGCUCCCCGUGUCGUCUCGGGCGGCCGUGCGCUCAAGUCGGCUGACAACUUUGUCAAGUACAUUGAGCCCCUCGCUGACUCGCUCAACGCCGCCGUCGGUGCUUCGCGUGCUGCCGUCGAUGCCGGUUACGCCGACAACGCGCUCCAGGUCGGUCAGACUGGUAAGAUCAUUGCUCCCGAGCUCUACGUCGCCGUGGGCAUCUCGGGUGCUAUUCAGCACUUGGCCGGCAUGAAGGACAGCAAGACCAUCGUUGCCAUCAACAAGGACGCCGAUGCUCCUAUCUUCCAGGUCGCUGAUCUUGGACUGGUGGCCGACCUCUACGAGGCUGUCCCUGAGAUGCUCGAGAAGAUCAAGUAG